GGAAAAAAACCGAGCUCCCAGAGCGUCUUCCGGCGGGAGCUGUGCUGCUCCUUAUCAUGGGGACAAUUCAUCUCUUUCGAAAACCACAAAGAUCCUUUUUUGGCAAGUUAUUACAGGAAUUUAGACUUGUAGCAGCUGACCGAAGGUCCUGGAAGAUUCUGCUUUUUGGUGCAAUAAACUUGAUUUGUACUGGUUUCCUGCUUAUGUGGUGCAGUUCUACUAAUAGUAUAGCUUUAACUGCCUAUACUUACCUGACCAUUUUUGAUCUUUUUAGUUUAAUGACAUGUUUAAUAAGUUACUGGGUAACGAUGAGGAAACCUAGCCCUGUCUAUUCAUUUGGGUUUGAAAGAUUAGAAGUCCUGGCAGUAUUUGCCUCCACAGUCUUGGCCCAGUUAGGAGCUCUCUUUAUAUUAAAAGAAAGUGCAGAGCGCUUUUUGGAGCAGCCCGAGAUACACACGGGAAGAUUAUUAGUUGGUACUUUCGUGGCUCUUUCUUUCAACCUGUUCACGAUGCUUUCUAUUCGGAAUAAACCUUUUGCUUAUGUCUCUGAAGCUGCUAGUACGAGCUGGCUUCAAGAGCAUGUUGCAGAUCUUAGUCGAAGCUUGUGUGGAAUUAUUCCAGGACUUAGCAGUAUCUUCCUUCCCCGAAUGAAUCCAUUUGUUUUGAUUGAUCUUGCUGGAGCAUUUGCUCUUUGUAUUACAUAUAUGCUAAUUGAAAUUAACAAUUAUUUUGCUGUAGACACUGCCUCUGCCAUAGCCAUUGCCCUGAUGACAUUUGGCACUAUGUAUCCCAUGAGUGUGUAUAGUGGAAAAGUAUUACUCCAGACAACACCACCUCAUGUUAUUGGUCAGUUGGACAAACUUAUCAGAGAGGUGUCUACCUUGGAUGGAGUUUUAGAAGUCCGAAAUGAACAUUUUUGGACCUUAGGUUUUGGCUCAUUGGCUGGAUCAGUGCAUGUAAGAAUUCGACGAGAUGCAAAUGAACAAAUGGUUCUCGCUCAUGUGACCAACAGGCUAUACACGCUAGUGUCUACUCUGACUGUUCAAAUUUUCAAGGAUGAUUGGAUUAGGCCUGCCUUACUGUCUGGGCCUGUUGCAGCCAAUGUCCUAAACUUUUCAGACCAUCACAUAAUCCCAAUGCCUCUUUUAAAGGGCACUGAUGAUGUGAACCCUGUUACAUCAACUCCAACUAAACCUAGUAGUCCACCUCCAGAAUUUUCUUUUAACAGCCCUGGAAAAAAUAUGAACCCAGUUAUUCUUCUAAACACACAAACAAGGCCUUAUGGUUUGGGUCUUAAUCAUGGACACACACCUUAUAGCAGCAUGUUUAAUCAAGGACUUGGAGUUCCAGGAAUUGGAGCAGGCCAAGGAUUCAGGACUGGUUUUACAAAUAUACCAAGUAGAUAUGGGACUAAUAAUAGAAUUGGACAAUCAAGACCAUGAUGGACACUAACUUAUUUUUAUGAGGAAUAUUGACUCCUUGGCUUCCAAUUUAUUUAGUAAUCUAACUUUGCAUUGACUGUUCAAUCAUUUGCUAUAAAUGUUAGGGAAUAGUAGGCUUGUUCACAUUUCAUUAAACCUAUGAAACUAUAUUUUUGUAAAAUGUAUUUGUGGCAAUGAGAUCCCUGUAAAUGUUGUAGGUUUUAAGUAGGCUUCCUUUAGAAAAUGUGUUUCUCUUAAUUUGGAUUUUGUUGUCUUUGAUUUUGUAGUUGACUGCAGUGUGAUAUGACCUUACCUUUAGGAGAGAGCCAUUUGAUAAAGUGGAUCUGUCACAUUUCUAAGACUAUAGUAUUUUCUUCAGUGAUGUUUAUAAACAUGCCUCUUGAAUAAUACACAUUUUAGGAAUGGAAAAAAUGCCCAUUCAAAAAGUAAGUCUCUUUUAUAGCUUUUCCAAACUUCCUUGCUACAUUUUUCUUUGCGGGUCUCCUAAAUGAGGUCUAGCAAAUUAAAAGCAAAAUUUUUUAUCAGAAAUUUUGGAACACAUUCUAUCUAGCACAAUUUAUCAGGGUUUUUGUUAAAGUUUUUCUCAUUUAAAAAUUUCAGUGCAUUUGUAAAUAGCUCAUGGUUCUCAGUGUUUCAUUUUGACUAAAUGAAUACCCAGCUUUUGGUGACAUGCAAUGAAAGAAUCCCAAUAUUCUGUUACAUUUAAUAAUAUAAUGUUGGAAUUUAUCUUUUAUGUCACAUUUUCAUUGACUUUUUAAAUUUCUCAUUUUAUUAACAAAAUAUAUCAAAUAUAUUACCAAAAUAUAUGGAAUUCCGUACAUAAUACGGAAUUUUAUGUCUUUUCAAAGUUGCAUAAAGAAUUUGAGUAUACAUAAUAUAAUUUUACCAAUGCAUAAUUGACCUUCGAUUAUAGAAAACAGUACUGUUAGGGCUGCAGUGGGCAGUUUCUAACUUUUUUUGUUUUGCUUUGUCAAAAAUGGUGAUUUGCUAACUGUGAUGAAGUGUGAAAAUCAUGUAGAUUAUUUUAUUUUUUGGUUGUUUUCCAAAUGCAGAUUUUAAGGACUUUCCAACAUGGCCAGUAUUACUUCCAAAAAAUAUAACAAGCAGCAAUCACACAUUACCUUUGAGAGGUUUUAUUGUUCUUUUGUUUUAUCAUGAGUUCUAUAAUUAUGGUUUUAAAAGGGGAUUUUUGAAAGUGGAUUCAACUUUCCUGGAAUGCAGUGCUCCUGGAGAUCUAUGAUUUUCCCAGCCAUCAGCCAGCUAUCUAGAGAAGACUUUUGUUUUUGCAACAGUUUCUUCAGUUAACUCAUCCUCUUUUAAAUAGGAACAACAUUUACAAAUCCUAUUUCUUCACAGUGGAAUAACAAACAUCCAAGAAGCCAUCUCUGUCAAGCAGAAUUGUGGUCAUCUGUGGUAAUAAGAUACCUAAAUAUCUUUUUCUUGGUGAGGAGUUGGUCAUUGUCUUUAACAUCUGCAACCCUGUUCAGGCAUUUGACCUUCUGAAGAAACAAAAGCCAAUGCUACCUUGACUACUGGGGAAAAUGAAACUUCGUAAAAUGUAAUAAGGCAACCUAUCUAUCAUUGGUCUACUGUUACAGGGUGAUUUUUUUCUCCAUUGACCUCAUCUGAAUGUGAAUUAGGGUCAUGCAUGAAAUCUGAAGAACUGCCAUGUACUGAGUGAUGAUUAAGAGGUAUGUGCUCCCCACCCCAUGCAUGUCUUCUCCAUCCCCAUGGGAUUUUAAAGUGUUCAGGUACCAAACAUAGGUCUACGUGAGGUUUUAUACCUACUUCCUCAACACCCAUUCAGAGGCAACACCUGUGCAGCUGUCCCACCAAAGGUGCUUUAAUACCUACUUGCCCUGUUUGAGAAAGGUCACUUGGAGUUGCCUGUGGCUUGUGAAGAAAUUAGCCCUACUUGCUGAAAAUCAGUAAUGCCAGCUGUUACAGGUGACAUUGGCUCAUGCAUUACUAUAUAGAGAAGUCUUAUUUGCCAAGUUCUGACUAACUUCUAGAUAUGAAAAUGACUAACUUGACCAGCAUAGGCCUCCAGGAAGCAGCCUUACUAGUAUCCAGAAUCACUUAAAGCUAGACAAAGAAGGAAGCUUGAUUUAAAUACUUGGCCCAUGGUUUGUGAUUAAGAGUAAGCUCCAUGGAGUGUGAUUAACCCUGUUUUAAGAAGUCACUAUAUUGUAAUGGAAAAAAUUCAGGAUUAGGAGGCAAGCAAUUUGGAUUCCAAUCCUGAUGCUGCCACUGGGUAAGAAGUUUUAUAACCUGUGGGCAAAUCAUUUAACUUCUCUGAGCUUUCUCAUCUGUAAAGUUAGGGAGGGGAAGGAAUUAGUUGAUCUGAAAAAUAUCAGCUCUAAAAUUUUAUGACUAAAUUUGCAGAAUAUGUGCCCCAUUGCUAAAUAAAUAUCGCGCCCAGAAUUUCUUUCUAGUGACUACCUCAACAUACAGGCCAAGUGUUGCCUACACCAACACCUAAGCCAUUAAUUUGAGGUGCCAUGAGAAUAGAAGGUGAACCACAGGAUAACACCAUUUUAGGUUUUGUUUGUUUGGUUUUAUUUUUUUCGGACUUGCCUCAAUUUAAAUGUCUUUAGAUUAGAGAGAUUUUUCUUAGAGUUCUUUUUUUGUGGGUAGGGAUUAUUUUGGGGAUGUUUCAGAAAAGAUUAGGGCAAAGUACCCUUACCUUCAGUAGGGUAUAGAAGAAUGGGAUACACUUUUCCUUUCUUCGUUAGUCUCUGAAGUCACGAUUGGAAUGACAUACAAUGUAUCAGGUACUGGAGAGGAACUGAAUUUCAAGCCUCUGAUUUAGCUGUGUGUAAACUGCCAAUUUUUGCUUGACUAAAGAAUGCCAAUCUUUUUUUGGGAGUCUGAUCUGCUUCUAAUAUAAGACAGUGCUUUUUACAUUCCAGAUCAUUUGAAUUAAACUGUUUGAAUUAAAGAA